GUCAAAGACAAAACGAAAGUAGAUUUUCCCCACUAAUGAUCUGUGGUGCAUUGCCUCAAGUAUUUGCAACAGAAAAGGUUUCAAACCAGUUCAGUUUUAGAUGAAAAUGGGUAAUGAUAACUCAAACAACCAGAGAAGUGAUGAAUUACAUGAACAUGAAGCAGACAAGGCAGAUCACAUUUCUCAGAAUCAAGGGUCAUCUGUUGAUCUAGAUCUGUCAGCACCUGGGGGUCUAAAGGUCAACAACAACAAUCAUUUGUCUUUGUCGCAGCGAGACAAACAAAUUGGUUCAGCAAAAAAGGAAGACGGUAAGAAGCCAGGAAGGUCUGACAGCUCAGAGUUACAACAUAAAGAGAUAAGGAAAGGGUUAGAAGAUAUCAAAACUCACACAGGGGUGCAACAGGGCCCUCAGACUGUGAAAAUGGACACCGCGGUACAGCAAAGCCCUUGUGGAGCUAUAGCACAGGACAAAGAGGCAACCCCACAGUUUGGAAUAGAGGCUAAUAUAUCUGUUCCAGUGGAUACAGGGGCAGCCCCACAGUUUGGAACAGAGGCUAAUAUAUCUGUUCAAGCAGACAUAGGGGCAACACCACAGUUUGGAACAGAGGCUAAUAUAUCUGUUGAAGCAGACAUAGGGGCAACCCCACGGUUUGGAACAGAGGCUAAUAUAUCUGUUCAAGCAGACAUAGGGGCAACACCACAGUUUGGAACAGAGGCUAAUAUAUCUGUUCAAGCAGACAUAGGGGCAACCCCACAGUUUGGAACAGAGGCUAAUAUGACCGUUCCAGUAGAUGCGACCAUACUGGAGUGGUCAGAUGAAGAGGAACCACUCAAAAAGUCACUCUACAAUGGUCAGAGUGUCUUUCCUAGUCAAGAUGGUAAAGAAAGCUGGCAGGAUUCCGAUGGAUGUAUAUCAAAUAUUUUUCCAGUUGAAGAUGUUUCUCCAGUUGAACAUACACCUUUAGAAAAAUCACACACAGUAGAGCCACUUACAUGUACUAGUGUGCCUGAAAAUAAACCGAUGAUUGAGGAAUGUCUCGACAUGCAAGAUGGCAGGGGAGAUAAUCAUGUCCUUCAAGACCAGGACUGCAAUCCAGCAAUGACAGAAAAAUCUUCUGAACAAGCAACUAAAUGCAAUGGUCUCUCUCCAACAGUACAAAAAGCCUACAGCGAGUUUCAGGCCCUGUUCAGUUAUGUAAAUGACCUGAAGUUAUCAAACAGGAGAAUAAUGAAGAAACUGACAGAAGAACAACAGAAAUAUAAAAAGACAUUUGAGGAUUCUGAAGCCAAAGUAUCAGGACUGAAAGAGUGUGUUACAUUCCUGGAAGAGCGUGUCAGUCAGAGAGAAGGGCAGAUUAAGAAGUUUAAAGGCAUCGUACAAGUGCUUCUUCAGAAAGUCUCCACACUGUCCACAGCCCUUGGGGAUUUCCCUGGGAACGAUGGCCGAGGUCAGGGGUUUGAGGCAUCAUCUUCCUCAGAGGAAGGGGAGGAAGAGGACUCUGAACAAAAAUAUAAAUUGCCCAAACCCCUGACUGACCAAGUAAAGGCAGUCAUUCCUAUCAAGCAGCAGGUCGGUUACCGUGGCACCAAGGCCACAACCGGAACUGACAAUCGGGCCGACUGUUCAGAGCCACCAUCAUCGAAAGUGUUAAGGAGAGCCAUGAGGGAAAGAACUAAAACAACGAUGACAGGGAGUUCAAAAAAAUCUGCUGCAGAUUCCUCAAAUACUGGGCCAAAACAUCAAAACAGUCAAAGGUCACAUAAUGUUGGAAAGGAUAAGGCAGACCAACGAAGAAAGGAUGCAGAUGAGACAAAGAAAAGUGAAGCUAAUGUACCAAUACCAAAAACCAGAGAACCAAAACCUAGGAAAACAUCAGGGAAACAAGUUCCAAUCCAAAACGAAUUCAGGAACACUUUGAGGGAAGUCACAGACAUGACAAAAGAAACAAGCAGUGUUCCCAGGCCCUAUGAUAUGGACCUAAAUAGCUGGAUUCAGGAGGCCAACAUGGAAAUUGUCAAAGCUGCCGAGUCAGCAAGUCCCAGGGGGCGUGGCCCAAAUGUUGUUCUGUGUCUCGACAUCUCCCAGAGUAUGGAGGGACCACCCUUCCUCAAUAUGGUCCAAGGUGUACUCAGAUAUAUUGAUGGAGUGGAGAACAUGCGCAUGUCUUUGGGACUGCAUAUAAAUCUUGCGAUCGUGACGUUUGGUCACCAGACAGCAGUACUUCAGCACCUUACUAACGAGUUAUCAAUUCUCCGUGAAGCAGUCAGGAACCUGACCACCGGGGGCACCAGUCCACUAGCUGCUGGUCUCCUUAUGUGUACAGCUGCCACUGUCAGUCCCAUACUUGGAGUAACUGCUGGGUAUGUUCACCAGCCCCGAAUCAUCAUCUUCACUGACGGCCGUGCUACACUUGAGUCAAGACUUAUUGGGGAGGAUGUUCCUCUUGAUGGGGACUUUUCUUAUGAGGUGAAUGCCAAUAUGAUGGGUGUGGCCGAGGACAUUAGGAAAAGGAAAUUGUCCGUGUCCUAUGUACCAAUUGGAAAUUUUUACUCCAGGUACAUGGAGCAGAUAGCAGAGAUGACAGGUGGGAAGAUGUAUCCGAUGGAGCAGUUAGACAGGGCCAUCAGACACAGUAAAAACUUCCCUUUUGCUGCGAGGCUGAUUCCAAUCAUAAAGAAAGCAACAGGUGGUCAUCUUAAAGACGAAAAUGCCAACAAACACAUCUUAGAAAAUGUGGCUAGAAAUGACCCAUUUAUCACAAAAGAGGAUGAGGAGGACAUUUUAGAGAUAUUGAACAAGGAAGACGAGUUUGAGAAAGAGCCUGAGAGUGACUCCGAAAAUGAUGAAGGUCACCGGGAAUUAAAACAUGACAUGCCACCCUUAGGGUCGAGGGUCAGACGAGGGCCAGACUGGUCCUGGGAUGAGCAGGACUCAUAUAUGGCUGGAACAGUCGUUAGCCAUAAAUCUGACGGUUGGCUGUGUGUGUUGUGGGACAGUGGACACAGCAACCGUUACUGUUAUGGUCAAGGUGGAAAGUAUGACAUCAUUCCAGUUGAUGAACCCCGCACUCUCAAGUCUGGAGAAUCCAUUCAAGUCGGAUGUAUGGUCAGAAGAGGACCAGACUGGGACAAGGGAAAUGUUGAUGGCGGAGAUGGCAGUAUGGGAAGUGUAAUCCACGUCUACCCAAACAAGACAUUACUGGUGCGCUGGCCAAGCAAAGAGAUCAAAGACCACAACUAUGGCUGUGAUGGCAAGUUUGAAGUCAUUUUGUGUGAUCCAUCUGAGCAGUUAGCUCAUAUGAUGCAGGCCACAUAUGGAGAUGGAACCACAGGUGGAGCCACAUGGGGGGCAACAGGAAGUGGUGAGAACACAAAGAGUUCCACAGGAAGUGAGGAGAACACAAAGAGUUCCACAGGAAGUAAUGAGAACACAAAGAGUUCCACAGGAAGUGAGGAGAAAGAUAAAACAAAAAAGCCUGAACAAGUGAAGACGGACCAUGGGGAGAAAGAAGAUGAAGACUACAUUGCAAAGCUCAACAGACUUAAUCAGAGGAAUAUGACAUCAUCAGUAACAACACCUGCAUUAGAGACACGUUUAUCAGAACAGUCAAAGGCAGAAAACAUGCCUAGGAGUGGACAAGAGAAACCCUUUGAGAUCAUGCCACCAGUUGCCCAGUCGUCCUCUAAGAGGCCACAUUCAGAAGAUUCCCGACCUGGAAGUUCCCCAGUAGGAAGUUCUAAUCAGUCUGACAAACUUCCAGUGGAUCCCAAUACUUUUCCUGAAGACCACAGAACAAAUAUUUCUGGUAUGUCACCUACAACUGGACACAGUGCCAAUGUUUUGGACAAUAUAACAGGUUUUCGGGUAGAUUCUAGCCGACCCGGUGGAAAGUCUGACCCAAAUCAUCACAGUAACUCAGGAACAGAACCAGGUCAAGGGGAAACACUGGAUCCUGUGCCUACAUCAGAGAGAAAUACCAAAGAGGCACCUGUAGUUAUGUCAGGUCCCGAGGCACCUACAGAUGCUGCUGCUGCUGCUGCUGCUGGAACAGUUGGCAAGGUGACAUGGCAGUACAAAGAUGAGUAUGGAGGCUGGACCUGUUACUCCGAGGAAAACAGCAACAAGAUAGAGAAAACCUACACCAAGUCUGCUAAGGGCAUGACUGUAAUCAACGGGGGCAGGCACAGAAUCCUGCUGGCUAAAAUGACGCAGGUCCACACCACAACCAAACACAUGACUGCUGUUAGGCGCCAGGUGAAGUGAGGGUUUCUACGAACCUAGUAAUGCUUUACAAGAUAUUGCUGUUAGAUGACAGAUCAAGUGAGGGUUUCUACGAACCUAGUAAUGCUUUGCAAGAUAUUGCUGUUAGAUGACAGAUCAAGUGAGGGUUUCUACGAACCUAGUAAUGCUUUGCAAGAUAUUGCUGUUAGAUGACAGAUCAAGUGAGGGGUUCUCCGAAACUAGUAAUGCAUUACAAGAUACUGCUGUUAGAUGACAGAUCAAGUGAGGGUUUCCACAAAAACUUCAAUACAUUACAAGAUCGCUAACAGAUGCCAAGUCAAGUGACGGUUUCUCCACAACAGCCAAACAGAUGUCUUCUGCUAUAGGGAUCAGCUCCAAUUAGUAAUUUAACCCAGCUGACAGGAAUUCGACCUUCACCAAACAUAUGUCCUCAGCUAUAGGUACCAGGUCCAGUGAAUGGCCCAGGGACACGUGCACGCUCCCAUCAUCAUCAAACACAAGACACAAAGCACAGCCUGUGGUGGAUCCAGAGUUUAAUUUGUACGGUUUCUGUUUUAGAAUGCUUCAAAACACAUUGUGUUUAACAGAAGGAUGACAGAUUAAUUUGAAUAUUUAAUUAAAAAGAGACAGAAAGGAUUUCUUUAAGCCCCAUGUAGAUUUUCUACCUAAGUUUAAGUCAAUGGAAUAACUUUUUGCCUUAUAUGGGAAGAAGAACUGUUCAAUUUUAAUGCCGUAGCUAUAAUAAGCUGCUAUAUAUGAUUAGGAAUAUGUCUUAUAAAUAUUCGAAAGGUAAAAUUAAAAGUUUUUAUAAUCACAAAUUAAUGUCUGAAGUGAUAAUAGAGAUAUAAAGAAUCUCAAAUGCUUUCUCAUCAUUUCUGAUUUUAGCCAAACAAACUUUAUCUUUAGUUUUUUCAUCAUAUGGUAAACACAAAUAUGUUAGAAAUGCAAUCAAUUUUGGGGCUCGGUCAAACUCAUGCAUAUUUUGUGAAGCUCCUGCAAUCUGAUUGCAUUGGCAGAUGGUUUCUGAAUAUCUUUUGAAGAAAUGUCUGAUUAAGAUGAAAUUUGCCUUAUGCUGCGCCUCACUGGAGUCUAAUCUCUGUCCGUCUGUCGUGCAUCGUGCAUCGUCCGUCGUGCGUAAACUUUUUACAUUUUCGACUUCUUCUCAGGAACCAGUGGAUGGAUUUUUUUAAAC